CGCUGCGAGUCCCGGUGGCGGGGAGUUGGAGGUCAUCUCAAUCUUUCUGAUUUUUGAAGACUACUUCAGCCAUACAGAACUUUUACUCAUAAGUUGAAUUGCCUGGUUUAGGAGUACUUGAAAUUCUCAUUUGUUUGUACAAUAACUUGGAGCUCUUUUUAUUGGUAUUGGAAGUUAGUGCAACUCUGCCAACAUGUCGUAUAUGUUACCCCAUCUCCACAAUGGUUGGCAAGUUGAUCAGGCCAUUCUGUCAGAGGAAGAUCGCGUUGUCGUCAUUCGUUUUGGUCAUGACUGGGAUCCAACUUGCAUGAAGAUGGACGAGGUGUUGUACAGUAUUGCUGAAAAGGUGAAAAAUUUUGCUGUUAUUUACCUUGUGGAUAUCACCGAGGUACCAGACUUCAACAAGAUGUACGAGUUAUAUGAUCCAUGUACUGUUAUGUUUUUCUUCCGAAAUAAGCAUAUCAUGAUUGACCUGGGUACUGGUAACAACAACAAAAUUAAUUGGCCAAUGGAAGACAAGCAGGAGAUGAUUGAUAUCGUUGAAACAGUUUACAGAGGAGCUCGCAAGGGACGGGGUCUUGUGGUAUCGCCAAAAGACUACUCCACAAAAUACAGAUAUUGAAGCAUUGUGCAAGCACAAAUGAACAAUUUGCCAUAUACUUCAUCCUGGAUUACUACCGUUGUAAAUAAAACACCAGCCUUCCGACUUUAUUUCUGUUUAGACAUUUGCACUGAAUACCCUCAUUAUUUUAUAUUGUAUAAUGCAAAACAUGUGUACUGUAAAUGAAUGGAAAAUUGUGGUUGUUUUCUGCUGUCAUUAAAAGAAACUUUGGAAUAUUUGCCCUCAUAACUUUUACAUAUAUGUGACCCAACUGCGUGGCAAUAAAUUAUAUUUCUAGUUUAGAAAAUUUGAAUCAUUACAGUUUGUGCCUUUUUGACAUCCAAGUAAAAAUAGAACAGCUCAUGACUAAUGGGAGGUUGUUUAUUAUGUUGCUCUUUUAGCAUGAUUGGAAAGGCAUAAGUCAACAUCUCUACUUGUAAUAGCAGUUGUGUUAUUUGUGUUUACAAGACAAGAUUUUUUGGUUAUCUGCCACAUGGUGGCUGACUUUCUGAAGAUAUAAAUUAUAAACUAUCUGAAUAAAAAAUGUUAUUAUUUGUA